UUUCCAGACAAACCCUCCCUGGGACCUACUUUUAUACAUCUCUACGAUAAUAACUAUGGAUCUAAAUACAUUGGACGUCUAUUGAUGGAAAUUAAAUCGGAAUGUUUAGAAACCGAAUCGAAUCAUGUAAUGACACUGAAAAAAAUAUCACCUCUUGAUGAGAAACGUUAUUGGCAAGAACAACAAUUUCUUAUAGAAUUUCUGCCACUACAAGGAGAUUUUAUACACAGCAGCAAUAGUAAUGCUAAAAUAGGUCUUAAGUUAGGAGAACUCAAUUCCAAUUUAAUCGAAUGUUCUCUGAAAAACUAUUCCACACAACAGAAAAAUAGACAAUAUCCCAUUAAAAUCUUUAAGUAUUUUCAUCAGCAGGCCUCUUAUAAAUCAAUUACCUUGACAGCUCAAUUGCCAGAUAAUCGUAAAAAAUUCCAGUGUGAUAUUAAAUUACAGGAAUUAAUGGAUUUUGUAAAAUCUGAAAUAGAAUUAUUUAAAUUAUUUCAAAUUCAGUAUGAGGGGCAUCAGCAAUCACAAAUGAAAGUCUUAAGAGCUAUUCUCCAGACGAUAGUACAGAAAAUGGAACAGGUUAUAGAGAGUAAAGGAUUGGAUUGUAUAAGUUUUAAGCAGGCCACACAAUGGGAUAUAAAUCGUUUGUUGUAUUUAAAGGAAUAUUUUCAUAAAAUCCUAGAGGAUUUGAAGACUUUACGUUCCAAACUAAAGCCUUCUUUGGGCAGUUAUACCGAUUUGGUUAUUGAUGAAGUAGUUGGGGAUUUAACAAAAUGUUGUCAUGAAUUGCAAAAUUUACUCUCGACUUCUUUACAUCAAGAUAAUUGGCCUGAUUUGAUAAUUGUUUUAUCGGGGGGUAAUAAGGAAUUGGGAUUUUGUAAAGUAAAUUCUAAGAACUUUUUAUAUUCCAUGGAAAUAGAUGAGGAGAGUUGUAAUAGUCAGUGUUGGAAACAGAGAAAUUUUAUUUUUAAGGAUACGAAAUGCCAACAUACCUGCUUUAAUUGUGGUUGUACGGUAGCCAUUAUACGUGGUUGUCUUAGUAUAGUAGCUGAAUCGGAAACUAGCCACUACUUGAGUCAAGUAGUGCAAGAUUGGAAACAUCCUGAACCAUUCUAUUGGUCUCCUCAUAUACCUUGUGUCAACUUCAAAUGUCGCCUCUUCAUACAUCAAGCCAAAAUUAAACCAGGUGCUGAUCGUAAUGGUCUCUGUGAUCCUUAUAUACGUAUAAUGAUCUCUCAAAAUGCCGCUGAAACUCCUAUAAUUUUUAGUUCUCUUUCACCCAUUUGGAAUGCGGUAAUCUCUUUAGAGAACAUACAACUGCCUGGAGAUUUUCUCUGGUAUUUAAGUAAUCCCCCCGUGGUAGCGCUAGAAGUUUACGAUACUGAUCGAAAAACUACUGAUGAUUAUUUGGGUUGUGGCAUUCUUACUAUGUCGGUGAUAAAAAGUGAUUGGAUUGAUUGGUACGCUCGAGAGAAUGGAAGCUGGGAAAGUGAAGAGGUGAAAAAUAAACAUGCUGUACAAAAGUAUGAAUUGCUAAAGUAUUUAACACCGCCGCCCUUGAAAUGGAUACCGAUAGCUUUAGAUGGUUGUAUAAGCGCGGAGGUUUUGAUGUCGGGAGAACUGGUAGAACUACAGGAUGUCAAGAAAAUAAAAGAAGUCUUAGAAGAAAGUAACGAAGUUAGUGUCACGGUGGGCAUUCCGAAUGCUAUUAAGCCGAAUAUGAAAAACUUUGUCUUAGAAGUGGUUUUUGCCGGUUUUCGUAACUAUCGCAAACAUAAUUAUUUGACCAGUAAGCAUCAAGUGAAACUUAUGAUGGCCGAUCUUACUUUGACUAGUGGCCUAUCGACUUCGCCCAUUCAAAAUAGUUUAAAUUUCCUCAUUUUAUAUGCUUCCGGAGUUUUAAAUCUUCCCGAACAACUUGAAUAUUGGCCUGCUAUUAUUGCCACAGAUUUGGCCAUUUCGAGUAGAGGACAAGAAAAUACUUUGGGAGCUACUUUAAUAGCCAAUUCCAAACGUUAUCUGCAAAAGGAAAAUGCCAUACCAUGUAUACACGCAGAAGACGAUUUCGAAAUGGAUUCAGUUUCUACCACCAUACAACUAGAAGAGGAAAGUGAAAAUGAACAUGAAAUUUCAGACAACAAACCUUUAAUCCGCAAAGAAUCACAAAAUUCUUAUUGGCAAAAUAUGUUAAAGAAAUUGAAACUAAACAGUAAAGACAGUAAAGAAAAUGAAGAGGAAUUAAAUAAUUUCCAUGAACUUCUCGAUGAAAGUGAGUAUAACUGGUGGACUAAGUUUUACAACUCCGGCUUUCUAGAGCCUUGCACAGCAUUAUCCGAUUUUAAGCAUAAAUUGUGUAUCUAUCAAAAUGAAUUGGAAAAACAACCCGAGUUUAGUUACCUAAAUGACUGGGCCGAACCGCACAGCAUGGUACACGGUAUAAGAUAUAAGAAAAAUGCUUUACCCAAAGAAGAAAUCUAUGCUACACUUAAGCUUCAUAUUAAAAUUACCCCAUGUAUAUGUGGUCGCUCCCAAGGUGGUGGUGAGGGAGAUGGUCAAAUGUUAAAACCCUUAGCUACCGCUUUAAAUCCUCGCUAUCAAGCUCAGUUGCAAUCAUUAGCGGAAUUAGUUAAGAUUAUGGUAAGAGUAUAUAUCGUCCAAGGCUUACAAUUACGUCCGUGUGAAAACAAUACUCAAGCGGAUUCGUAUGUUAAAGUGCAAUUGGGUCAAAAAUAUCUAACAAAUCGUGCUGAUUAUAUACCCAACCAAAGUAAUCCUGUAUUUGGCAAUUGUUUUCAAUUGGAGGGCAUGUUACCAAGGAAUAAACGCUACAAAAAGAAACUUGUUUUACUAAGAUCGUCCUAUAGCAGAGUUGCAUUAAAAGUGCACAUUGGCUAA